AUGGCAACGCUCUUUGGACAAAUUGAGCCAUUCGACAUCAGCAACCAAGACUCGUGGUCAUGCUACGUCGAACGUUUCGAGCAAUUUCUGGAAGCCAACGGCAUCACCGAAGCAGCAAAACAGAGGUCAGUGUUUCUCAGCCUGUGCGGCGCAUCGACGUACUCCCUAAGCGACAUUGCACAGCGCAUGACAGAUCACUUUGUCCCCAAGCCCUCGGAGAUCCUUCGCAGGUACCAUUUUCAUAAACGGGAUCAAAAAGCUGGAGAGAAUAUCAUGGACUACAUCGCUGAAAUACGGCGUCUCAGCGAGUUUUGCAACUUCCAGGAUCUGGAUAAUAUGCUCAGAGACCGACUGGUUUGGGGAAUCCAGGAUCAAACGGCACAGAAACGACUAUUUGCCGAGCCUCAACUGACGCUCAAGUCAGCGAUGGACCUUGCAUUGGCAGCAGAAGCAGCAUCACGUAACAUUUCAGAGCUACGGGCAUCUGACGAAAACGUUCUUUAUGCGGGCGGCAAGAACACCCGCCAAGAAGCCACAUUCAAGUCCAGGCAAAGUGGAAUGACUCAAAGAAAGUGCAUCAGCUGCGGGGAGAACCAUGACAGGGAGACUUGCAGGUUCCGCAAUGUCACAUGCAACUUCUGCCAGAAAAAAGGUCAUAUCGAGAGCAUGUUUCAAGGAGCAACAUUCACUCAGGAAGGACGACCAGCAGUCCACUUCUGA